AAAUAAUAAAAUAAAAUAAAAAAAAAGGGCCGCGGCCGCAGCGGCUCCCGAGCCGAGCCGAGCCGAGCCGAGCCGAGCCGAGCCGAGCCCAGCCGAGCCGAGCCCAGCCGAGCCCAGCCGAGCCCAGCCGAGCGGCGGGAGCGGAGGGGCGGCCGCGGGGCCGCCGCCACCAGGGAGGAUCCGCCCGCGGCUGCUCCAAGAUGCACAGAACCACCCGCAUCAAGAUCACGGAGCUCAACCCCCACCUGAUGUGCGCCCUGUGCGGCGGCUACUUCAUCGACGCCACCACCAUCGUGGAGUGCCUGCACUCCUUCUGCAAAACCUGCAUCGUUCGUUACCUGGAGACCAACAAGUACUGCCCCAUGUGCGAUGUGCAGGUGCACAAAACCCGGCCCCUGCUCAGCAUCAGGUCGGACAAAACCCUCCAGGACAUCGUGUACAAACUGGUCCCGGGGCUUUUCAAAGAUGAGAUGAAGAGGAGACGUGAUUUCUACACCACCUACCCGGUGGCGGAGGUUCCGCUGGGCGCGCAGGAGGAGCGCGGCGAGGCGGCCGAGCGGGAGCGGGAGCGGCAGCGGGAGCGGGGGGCGGUGCCCGAGGACGAGAUCGUCAGUCUGUCCAUCGAGUUCCACCGCGACCCCAGCGAGGAGCAGAAAGGCGCCGAGGAGAACGGGGACCUGGACAAGGACAAGGCCCCGCCGUGCCCCCCGGGCCCCGCGCUGCGGUUCCUGCGCUGCCCGGCCGCCAUGACCGUGCUGCACCUGGCCAAGUUCCUGCGCAACAAGAUGGACGUGCCCAGCAAGUACCGGGUGGAGGUGCUGUACGAGGACGAGCCCCUGAAGGAGUAUUACACCCUGAUGGACAUCGCCUACAUCUACCCCUGGAGGAGGACCGGUCCCCUGGCGCUCAAGUACCGCGUCCAGCCCGCCUGCAAGCGGCUCCGGCUGUGCCCGGCCGUGCCACCCUCCGAGGGCACCAACACCAGCGGCGCCUCCGAGUGCGAGUCGGGCAGCGACAAAGCGCAGAGCCCCGGGCUGGCAUCGCCCCCCGGGCUGGCAUCGCCCCCCGGGCCCGCCCUCAACGGCUCCGCCUCGAACUGUCACCCGCUGCCACCCAAUUGUCACCCGAUGCCGCCCACUUGUCACCCGCUGCCACCCGCCCGCGGCCGCAAAACCGCCCUGAACGGCAGCGCGGGCUCGGCCCUGAGCUAAAACCCUCCUGGGACUCGAAAAAUCCUCCUGGGACUCUGAAAAACCCUCCUGGGACUCAAAAAAAUCAUCCUGGGACUCAAAAAAAUCAUCCUGGGACUCUGAAAAAAUCAUCCUGGGACUCUGGAAAAUCAUCCUGGGACCCUCCUGGGACUCCGAAAAAUCAUCCUGGGACUCCGAAAAAUCCCCAUGGGACUAAAAAAAUCAUCCUGGGACUCAAAAAAAUCAUCCUGGGACUCUGAAAAAUCAUCCUGGGACUCCGAAAAAUCCCCAUGGGACUCCAAAAAAAUCAUCCUCGGACUCCGAAAAAUCGUCCUGGGACUCAAAAAAAUCAUCCUGGGACUCUGAAAAAUCAUCCUGGGACUCCGAAAAAUCGUCCUGGGACUCAAAAAAAUCAUCCUGAGACUCGGAAAAAUCCUCCUGGGACUCAAAAAAAUCAUCCUGGGACUCAAAAAAAUCAUCCUGGGACUCCGAAAAACUCUGCAGGGGCUGCUAAAAAUCAUCCUGGGAUUGCUAAAAAUCCUCCUGGAAUUCCCGCAGACCCUCUAGGGAUGCUGGAGAUUCACGAGAGGUCCCUAAAAAAAUCCUCCAGAUCCUCCAGGGAUCCCUAAAAAAUCCUCCAGGAAUCUUAUGGAUCCUCCAGGGAUUCCUCCAGAUCCUCUAGGGGUUCCUGAAAUUCCUCCUGGGAUUCCUGAAAAUCCUCCAGGGAUCCUGCAGACCCUCCAGGGAUUCCUAAAACCCCUGGAUUAGGGAUUAGGGAUUCCCAAAACCCCUCCAGGUGUUCCCGAAGGGGGAUUCCCAUGGAGAAUUCCUUGCAGAGCUCUAUAAAUACCUUUGUGUACAUAGGGAGACAGAGAGCAGAGUUCUACGGACUUAUUUUCUAAUUUAAAAGCUCAAAGAAGACACAGAAAUGGCGGUGGA